CGCUCGGUGAGAAUAGGAAGCUAGACGGAGGGUAUUUCUGAGCCGCAUCCACCGAGACAUGUCUCACUGCACUGCCGCUUUACUUCUGAAUCAGGGUCCCAUCCCUCGUGCAUAUAAGGACACCCCAGUCCCGACUUCCAUCCAAAACAACCUUUGCCACAACCACCAUGUACACACGCACCACAUUUUCUACUAUCCCCGGCUACGUCGCCUCGGGUUCUGCUCCCACUCGCGUCCCUUCCCACCGCCGCCGAGCGCCGAGUUCCGUCAAGUCUAUUAUGAAGACUCGGCCCCGACGGGACUCGGUCGCAUCCGAUAUCUCGGACACAUCCACUCUCUGCGGUGACGAGGAGGACGAGGAGGACGAGGAGAACCUCAAAGGUGCAAUCAGCUUCUGCCAAGAUGUCGUUGUAUGCACUAUCGACGCAAGGGUGCCUCACCCGAGUCGAUGGACUCUGCUGCUCGACACACUCAGCUUCCAGCGCCGCAAGUUCCCGCUCCUGCACAAGGGCCCAAGGGAGACGCUGCGGCUGAAGAAAUCCGUCGUUGCCGAGACCGUAAUGUCUCAGUAGGCUGACGACAAGCGUCCAGUCGACGAAGUGUAAUCACACCAUCGUCGCUGGAUUGAAAAGAAAUUGCCCUAGUUGGCGUUGUACCAAAAGGAGUCGGCCGAUGUCGUGCCAUGCCUCCGAUGUACAUGGGGCUCACUGAAAGUGCCGCGGAGUGCCGCAGGAGCAACCCUGCGGCACUCCUGCGGCACUCCAAAUUCUCCACAUGAUUAUCUCGACGGCAACGAUGAUGAUCAACAUGCUGUCCACGUCGGCUGAGACGUUGAUGGACGUGGGAAUGAUCCGCGCAGGCAGCGGGACUAUUCCAGACGUCAUUGUCGUUGGCGGCAGCGAUGGAGAUCUCACUCCUGCGGCACUCCAGAACAGUGUGCCGCAGACUCCACAGCACACCGCGGCACUCCUGCGGGGCCUCUGGCGACACUCCAAACAAGUCUGCGGCACUCCAGAAGAGUCUGCGGCACUCCAGUGUGACGCAUGUGACAUCUCUGCGGCACUCCAAAGCACAGCCACCUCUGGAGACCGCCGCAAGCACAUCCAACGCUGUCUGCGCUGGUCAAUCCCUGAUAUUUUGAGAUGGAUUAGUUGUAUUUGAAUAGAAUUUGAUAUGUAGACGUCCUGAAAGCUUGUUUUUGGAUCAUAGGCCUCUAUGAUGCCUGGGAGGUGAUUGUCUCGAGCUCGUUGACCACUGGAAGGGUGGACUUGACUUAAAAUUACAGAGAGCAUUUUUCAUCACAAAAACACUCUCAAGGGUUUUUAAUACCACCUAUUGGGUAUGAUUUCCGUUCGAAAUGGAUAAAAAAUGAGUUAUACAUAUUCUAGUGAAGCUGAAUCCAUGAGGUAUUGUAUUGUUUCGACAUUUGGGCGAUGGUGAAUGCCCA